AUGACUGGCACAAAGAAAGAAAGAAGAUUGAUCACAGCAGCACUGCCGUAUGUCAACAAUCUGCCGCACUUGGGGAAUGUCGUGGGCGCUCUGCUGAGUGCUGAUGUGUUUGCCAGAUACUCCAGAAUGAGAGGCAUUGAAACAGUCUAUGUGUGCGGGACUGACGAGUACGGGACUGCUUCCGAGGUAUCAGCAGAUAAGGCUGGAAAAACGCCAGCCGAGCUCUGCAAAGAAAACAGCCAAAAGCACAAGGAGGUGUACAACUGGUUCCAGAUAGAGUGCGACAGCUUUGGAAGAACGUCCUGCGAAAGACACAAAGAGAUCACACAGCAGCUCUUUUUGGAGAUGUGGAAUAACGGAAACUUUAGCGAAAAAACAGAGCUAAGGUUCUUCUGCGAAAAGUGCAAUAUGUUCCUAGCCGACAGGUAUGUGAAUGGAACAUGCGCGCUCUGCCACUCAAACCAGGCAAGAGGAGACCAGUGCGACAGCUGCGGGUCAAUACUCGCCUCUGAUGAGAUAAUAAACCCCUUUUGCUCGACGUGUUCUGAGCCUCCCGUGAAGAAAGAGACAAAGCAUCUGUUCUACAACUUGGACACGUUCCAGGACAAAAUACACGAACUGAUGGACAAGAAUGCCGGUGCAUGGACACCUGCAGCCAAGCAGAUAGCUCUCGAGUGGAAGUCAAAGGAGCUGCAGCCGAGGUGCAUCACAAGAGAUCUGAAACACAAAUGGGGUGUUCCUGUGCCCCUGGAAGAGUACGAGGGGAAAGUGCUUUAUGUGUGGUUUGAUGCGCCCAUAGGAUACAUUACCUUCACCGAUGAGAUAGGAAAAAUAGACUGGUGGAAAGACAGCUCUGUGGAUCUGUACCAGUUCAUGGGCAAAGACAAUGUCUUCUUCCACAGCGUGUUCUUCCCCGGGCUUUUGCUGGGAUGCAACUCGAUCAUGAAGUAUCCUAAGCUCAUUUCUUCCACGCACUACCUUAUGUACGAAGGAGGAAAGUUCAGCAAGUCUCAGAACGUGGGAAUAUUUGGACACAACCUGCUAAAUGACGCAAUAGGCCCUGCAGGCAUUUGGAGGUUCCAUCUGAUGAGAAACAGGCCGGAGACAGGAGACACAAACUUCUCCUGGGUGGAGUUCCAUGAGUCCCUCAACUCCAUCCUCAUUAACACAAUAGGGAACUUCUGCAACAGAGUGCUUUCGUACAUCGAUAAAAAAUUGAGCAGAAAAUUACUGAAGACCACGCUCCCGCAGGAGAUAAAGGAAACACUCAACGAAGCACUGCAGAAGUAUAUCGUGUGCAUGGAGGCAACAGAGAUACGGCAGGCCAUACAGUGCAUCAUCGCAGUUGCAAAUAUCGGAAACGGAUACAUCCAGAAAGGAUUUGCAGAUAAACUCGCGCCCAGUGAGCUGGGAAGUGUCAUGUCUCAGUCUGUGAACAUCCUCCAUCUGAUGGGCCAGAUGCUGUACCCCAUCACACCCGAGGAGGCAACGAAACUAAAAAACAUGCUGGGAGUAGAGGGAGAGAUGAAGCUGCAAGAGAGCUUCGCCGAAGAGAUAGAGGAGGGACGCGUGAUAGGACAGCCAGCCCUUCUCUUCAAGCCCCUUACAAAUGAUCAAAUCUCGCAGGUAGAGAAGUUCUGCAUUCACAAGUGUCCAUUUGUUAAAAAAUAG